AUAUGGACUCGCAGAGAAAUGCAACGUCCUGCCCUUCUUCAUCUUGAAUAGUGGGAGUCAUGAACCGCUGCAAGGAUCGGGAUCAUCUUGCGCAGUAAUAUUGCGAGCGGAGCAAGCGGUGGCGGCGGCGGCGGCCACUCCGGGGAAUGUCGACUGGCCGUCAGUCCUGACAUCGGCCUCUUCUGAUCUCAAACAGCAGCCUAAUGGGAUGUGUGUGCGGUCAGUGAAGCAUGCUGGAGAGGAAAAUCAUGGAAAUGUGUCAGCUGAACAUCUAGGUGAGAAGAGCGUUGCCUGUAAAUAAUGUAAACUUCAGUGACAGGCACAGCAGUUCUUCCUACCCAACAUCCACCUCAAUCACCAGCCAUUCAAAUGCACACGGACAAUAAACUGGCCAAUCAUGGCAAGCAGGUCAGCAGCGACAGUCGGUCUCAGAUACCCAGCGUAAACCAACAGGCUCAGCAGCAGACAGCUGCAACACACCUGGGCUCAAAAGGAGUCGGUCCCGGCAGCCAUGGAGUCAAAACCAACCAGAUUUCCCACGGCAACCCUGGGCUGAAGGCUGUCAGCCAAUCGGUGAGCAGCGUCGGAGGGAUGCUGAAAACCAAAUCAAAGCGGGAGCGAGGCGUUUCCAUUGACUCGGGCGAAUCAAGAAAUGCAAUUCCUCCAGUCCUGGAAACCGAUGCCAAAGGAGAGGGUGUUACGCGCAAUAAACGGCGCUGUGUUCUGGCAAAGAAACAGCCGUACAGUGGAGAUGAAUGGUGUUCUGGACCGGACACAGAUGAUGAAGACAAGCCGUACGCUGCAGCCCAGCGUGAACGAGGGCCAGCUGGUUCAAUCCAGGGACUCUCUGAUCGCCUGUCUGCAGGACGCAUGUCUGAAUCUGGAGGUUCAGUAAUGGGAUGUGGAGUGGGACCAGGGCUAAAAGCAGAGCCGCCUCAGCCUCCACCGCAAGUGGUUUAUGUUUUCACAACCAGCCUAGCCAACAGUGCUGCAGAGGCAGUGAUAAAAGGACAGACCGAUUCCAUCCUUCGGUUUCACCAGCAAAAUGUCCCAAACUCCAAGUUGGAGCAGGGCCACCCCCCAGGGAAGCUUUCUAGCCUGACUGAGAAGGUCAACAGCUCUCCACCCAUGGGAACCCCUAAAUCCCAAAGUGGAACUCCACGGCCAGCCUCUGCAGGAGUUGGAGGUUCGUUGCCUCCUGCCCCAUCUGUCGGACAUUCUGAUAAUGACUCUUCUCAGGCCAGACCUGGCGGUGCUUCUAGCAACAACAGUAUCGUCGCUCACAGAUCAGAGGGAGGAAGCAUGGCCACAUGUGCAGGUCCAGACCCUGGAAAUGGAGAUGGUGCAGGGGGUAUGUCACUUCCUCCUGGUGCAGUAUCCCCAUCAGAGAGUCCCUCCAUCCUAUCUACACACCUGCAGAGCGAUAUAGUCCAAAGGAGUGGCCCAGGGAACACAGACGGUCUUUCCAAGGAGCAGCUUGAACAUAGAAAGCGCUCUUUACAGACCCUGGAGGACAUAAAAAGAUUGUUCCUGCGCAGUGGACCUGGAGGAGGCCCUGAAGACCCAGGAGGCUCGAACAGUAACACUCCUAAUAACUCAUCCAACCUAAAUAAUAACAGCAAUGCUGAUAGGAGUGGCAUCGAGGACAAUGACAAUGGUACCAACAGCUCUGGAAAUUGCAGUAGUGGUAAUAUGUUAUCGUCAGCUCUGGCUCCAGUAGGAGGGAUGAGAAAAUAUGAAGAGCCCCUUCAGUCCAUAAUUUCUCAGACACAGACCCUUGGUGGACCUGCCCUUGAAAGCCCUCAUAUGGACUCUCACCAUAACCUGCCUCAACACCCCCAUCACCAAAUGUCUUCCCCUGGAGAUGACAUGGGUCCCUUACUGGUGUCAGAAGGACUUACACGAGAGCAAAUGGCCUGGAGGAAACUUCAAGAGGAAUACUACCAGGAAAAAAGACGGCAGCAGGAAAUUCAGCCCUCAGCACAUCCCCAGCACUUUAGAAUGAUGACUGAGGUGGGCAUGCAUGGAGGUCCCAUGCUGAUGAGAGGACCCCCUCCUCCUUACCACAGCAAGCCCGCAGACCAGCAAUGGGGUCCUGCCAAUAUGAUGGGAGGUGGACUGGGUGGAAAUGGACGAAUGUUAGACAUGCACCAAGAGGGACCUCGUGGCCCAAGGUUUGUGGGACAGAUGCAGAGAGGGCAACCUGGAGGAGGAGGUUUUCCCAGUAGUCCAGGAGGUGGUUUAUCAAUGGAAGGUCUAGGACCCCAAAGACCUGCCCGUCCAGGAAUGAUCUGGAUGGACGAUAUGCCCAACAUCAGUGGUGGCGGUCCCUUUCAUGGAUGCUACCCCAGUGGACCUUUACAAGGUGACCCCGAGCUUCUUACACGUGAAGAAAUGUUCCGGAUCAUGGAGAAACGUCAUAUGCAGGGUGUUUCCAGGUUUGAACUUGACAGAUUAGUUAAACAGCAGCAACAAGGAAGUCUGAGUUCAAGAAUUAUGGAUAGUCUUGGGGGGCCAGACUUUCCUAAUUUGGGAAUGGGCCGGGGUCCACCUGCUGGUCGAGGUGAUCCCAUGGACUUUCCUGGUUCACGAGAGAUAAUGGGUUCUCCUGGAGCAGGUCCUCAGAUGAGAGACUUGGUGGAUUCUCCUUUAGGAGGCAAUAUUGCAAUGAGCAUAAACCCACAGAUGAAUAUUCAGCAGCAGCAGAUGAUGCUGUCACACAGGCUCAGAGGUGGUCAUGCAGGUGGAGGGUCUCUAGGUGAGAUGUUUGGCCCUGGGGAGAUUUCACAAAUUAGUGCUUCACAGAAUGGAAGAGGAGGAACUAAAGGAGUAAUUCCCGGACCCGAUGGCUCCUUCCAGUUUCAAAAUCACGGCCCCUUCUCUGGAGGACAGAUGGAUGGACACUAUCUUCAACAUCCAGGCCCUGAGAUAUUUGUGCCUGACCAGCCAGGCCCCAAUCAGAUGGGAGGCACAUCGCGCCUCAGUCAUAUGCCCCCAACUGGAGGCCUUAGAGGAGCAGACCUUGGUCCUAGACACUCCUCUGACAUAUCACUUGGUGUUAAUCCCCUGACCUCCCCCUCAGUUCCUCCUUCUCAUCAGCUCAAGUCCCCAUCCCUCAACCAGGAGCCAUCUCCUCUGUUACCUUCCCCCUCUGCUCCAGGACUGAAGUCCCCAAUCUCCUCUGCGGGGCAACACCCCCCUCUUCCCCCUGCAUCUGGAGCUGGGACUCCAUGCUCCUCUUCAAUGAAGUCUCCUCAAAUAAUGGGGUCUUCUAAUCUUGGGUUGCACUCUCCAUCUGCCUCUCCUGGACGACUGAAGUCUCCAGCCAUGGCUGUGGGCUCUCCAGGGUGGACCUCCUCCCCUAAAACUACACUUCCGAGUCCAGGAGGUCCAACCACUGGGAAGGUAAUGGGGAAUGGAGGAAGUAGCUCAAAUGAAACAGGCCAAUCACUUCCCCCCAGGAGUUCCACCUCAACUCCUGUUAACCAGCCAGGCUCCAUGAAUCCCAGCAUGCCAUUUACGUCCUCUCCUGAUGCCCCCCCAUCUCAGAAUCCUCUGUCCCUUAUCAUGUCUCAGAUGUCCAAGUAUGCCGUUCCCAGUUCUACUCCUCUCUACCAUGAGGCUAUCAAAACAAUCGCUACUUCUGAUGAUGAAAUGCUACCAGAUCGACCUCUACUGUCUGGUGUCAGUCUGGGAGGAAACAUGGGGAAUACCCAGACGACACAGAUGCUCGUCUCCCAGGGCUCCAUCGGUCCCCACAGUGACCCACAAAGCCCCAUGGGUCUUGUUGGCCAGGGUCAGCAGCACAUCUCCCAUGACACCUCAGGGCCUGUGCUCUCCUCUCCAAACCAAAUGGGCAUGCCCACCAUGAGUUCUGUCAUCAUGGGAGGGGGAGCACCUGAUGGAAUGGGACCCAGCAACGUAUCACCGUUGUCUCAGAAUCAGAUGGCAUCUUUUCCUCGCAUGCAGCCUCCAUCACACAGGCCCAUGCACUCACCAAUCGGAGGAAUGCCUCAGAAUUUCUCUCAGUCUAAUGAUGAUAUUUUGCAGCAUCAACAGCUACAUUUGCUUGGCAAAGGCCAUCCUCACCAACGCUCGUCUCACCCAUCUGACUCAUUUCCCUCUCUUCCCAUGGGUGAUGGUCCCGAUUUAAGUGAGGUCAUACGACCCACCCACACGGGUAUCCCUGAGUUUGAUCUCUCCCGCAUCAUUCCUUCCGAUAAGCCCAGUAGCACUCUUCAGUACUUCCCCAAGAGUGAGCCACAUCAGAAUCCACACCAGGGGCCACCACCCCAGCAACAUACUCCACAGCAGCUCCUCAAACACCUGUCUUCAUCUGGCCCUCAGCACGGCAGCAGCCCGUCAUCCAACCCCCACUUAGCAAGUCUGCAGAGUAUGGCCGAACAGCAGCUGCCACCUCAUCCCUCACACGGUGGAAUACGCCAAAGCAUGGGCAUUCCUCAGGGGGGCUCUAGGGGCAUGGUGUCCGGUGGGGGCAUGAGCCCCAUGUGUCCCCCUGGGCAUAUGAUGGGAAGGACAGGCCUGAUGUCCCAGCAGCAACUCCAGCAACAACAAGCCAUGAUGGCCAACAGCCUUCUCCACCAUCCCCCCAACCCUUACCCUGGCAUGAUGCCCUCCCAGCAGCACUCGCAUAAUUUAAUGACACAGCAAAACAUUAUGAUGAUGCAGGCUAAACAGCGAGGCAUGUCAAUUCCAGGGGAGCCCUUUGGACAUCAGGGUCCCAUGAUGGGCCCUCCCCACCCUCAGUCUAGUAUGAUGGGCCCACAGCCUCUCAGACAGCGGGGAAUGUCUCUGGAAAGUCCCAUUGGCUAUGGAGGUAUGGCCAAUAUGCCGUUCUGAUCCAGCUCAACAAACUGUAAAAAAAAAAAAAAAAAAAAAAAAAACAUGCGUUUGCUUACCAUUGUGUCCAAAUUUUUUCAUUGUUAUUCUUGUAAUUGUUUAAAUUGUGGAGGAAAAAAAGAAGAAAAAAAACAAAAAAAAAAAAAACAAAUCAGUGAUCAUAUUCAAAUUUUGGA